UCGCUCAUUUCCACACCCAAGAAGCGCUCCAUAGCUACACCACCACCAAGCUGAUAGCAAGCAAGCAAGCAUUGACCAAUCGGCCAUGGCGAGGCUUCAGCUUUCCGUCGUGGCGGCCUGCGCCGUCCUCCUCGCGCUCGUCGCACCAUCCAUCGCCGGAGACCCCGACAUGCUCCAGGACGUCUGCGUCGCCGACCUGGCAUCCCCGAUCAAGAUCAACGGGUUCCCAUGCAAGAAGAACAUCACGGCCGACGACUUCUUCUUCGCCGGACUCAAGAAGGCCGGCAACACCAACAACCCGGCUGGUUCGGUCGUCACCGCGGCUAACGUGCUGUCAUUCCCCGGGGUGAACACGCUCGGCGUGUCCAUGGCGCGCAUCGACUACGCCGUGGGAGGGCAGAACCCGCCGCACACCCACCCGCGCGCCACCGAGAUCAUCUUCGUCACCGAGGGAACCCUGGAGGUGGGUUUCAUCACCACCGCCAACAAGCUCUUCACUAAGGUCGUCACCGUCGGAGAGGUGUUCGUCUUCCCGCGAGGGCUCGUGCACUUCCAGCAGAACAGGGGCAACUGCUCUGCCUCCGUCAUCGCCGCCUUCAACAGCCAGCUUCAGGGCACCCAAGCCAUCGCCACCACGCUCUUGGCUGCCACACCACCAGUGCCAACCGACGUGCUGGCCAAGGCCUUCAGGGUUGAUAACGAAGACAUCGACGCCGUCAAGGCCAGGUUCAACUAGGGAGCCUCUGCCCUCUGGCAACUCUGCAUCCAUUUCGGAAGAAAAUAAUCGUCUGUUUGUUACUGAAUAAAUGGUAAUCAAGUCAUCAAGUGAGCUGUAGCGUGUAGUUGAUUUGUUGUUGUGUAUGUUACAUUUGUUUAUCUUUGAGAUAAUAAAACUUGCUUCUGUUU